ACUAUUCAAGCGUAAAGUAAAAUGGUGUGACAGACAGUCAGAGCAACAGGUGAUCCUGAUUCCCGGGCAGUCACGUGAUUGACAGCUGGUUAAGCCAAUCAGCUGAUAAGGAAUUGGGUGCGCCCACCAAUCGCAUACUCCCGCAGUGCCUGUGUGGGCGUUGUUCCAGACUGGGCACACACACACAGCAGCAGCAGUGUCAUCAGCAGUGGAUCCACACGGGACACCGAGGACAGGCAGGGUGUAUCUGUUUCUGGCGGAGGUUUUUUGCUGUCGUGGUGGCCGAAAAAAAAAAAAACUGACGGAAAAUACACCGUGAGCUGAAUGUGAGACUUUGUAGACGCUGGAGAGGACUGCGUUUAUGUUCAGGGAGGAUUAGGUUGAAUGUUUUCUCCACAGACCGGUAGUUGCUGCAGUCAUUUUGGAAUACAAACAGCUCCAAGGACUACUCCUGGUGAUUGGCUCUAAUUUCCUAAAUCAUCUAUCCUUCCCCAUGCGGAAAGAUGGGGAAUGGAUUAUCGGAACAACCUAGCUUCAUCUCAAGCAUCCCGUUUUUCAGUUCUUUCCACAUUGCCAUCCUCGGACUAGACUCUGCUGGAAAGACCACCGUCUUGUAUAGACUGCAGUUCAAUGAGUUUGUGAACACCGUGCCGACCAAAGGUUUCAAUGCAGAAAAGGUCAAAGUGUCACUGGGCAGCCACAGGACUGUGACAUUCCACUUCUGGGACGUCGGUGGUCAGGAGAAGCUGCGACCCUUGUGGAAAUCAUACACACGAUGCACAGAUGGCAUCAUAUUCGUGGUGGACUCUGUGGAUGCAGAGCGCAUGGAGGAGGCCAAAACGGAGCUCCAUAAAAUUGCCAAAACCUCUGAGAACCAGGGAGUGCCCCUCCUGGUGGUGGCCAACAAGCAGGACUUGAGGCACUCUCUGGGUUUGGCUGAAAUUGAGAAAUUGCUAGCAUUGAAAGAACUGGGCCCCGCGACACCCUGGCAUCUGCAGCCAGCCUGCGCCAUCAUAGGAGAUGGACUCCGGGAUGGCCUGGACAAACUUCAUGACAUGAUCCUGAAAAGGAGGAAGGCUCUUCGGCAGCAGAGAAAAAAGAGAUAAACAUGUUAUGAGAUAGACUUCUCUGCUGUUUUAUGUGAAGGAAACUGGGUGGAUUUAAGGUUUCACCACAGGUUUAGAUUCAGUAUGCUGAGUUUUAUCAGUCCAGAUCUGAGCUUUAGGAUUCCCGUCUCGAUCUUGUAUUUAUGCUGUUGGUCAGGAAGCGAACGUAAAGGAAUACAGUAUGACGAUGAGAAAGUUUCAGACAUGUGCGAAUAUGUAAUAAAGAGUUUAUAUGGGUUAAAAAGCACUGAUGGUGUGGGGUCCGGAAGGGUGAUCGAAGUUGUUUUAAGAAUGCUGUAUGAUUUUUGAACAGCUGUUCCAAACAAUAUUACCAAAAAUAAAUUAAGAAAAGGCUUUGAGUAGUUCAAGCCUUAUUUGGUAAAUGAGUGAACAAUGUUGUACCUGAGGAGCAAUUUUAUUUUACUGUUUCAUAUGUUAUUCUAACUUGUUGAUGUUUUACACUGGACUUUCUUCGUGAAAGAAAAGUAUUAUCAUGCAUUAUUAUAAAUUUACUUGCUGUCUUAUAUCAGAUUUUUUAAAGCACUUUAGAUUAUUACAUUGUAUGGAGUUUACAGUUUUUAAAUAGAUUCAAGUUGUGUUGGAUUUUACUAAAGUGUUUGGGCAAAUUACAGCAAGUGCUACUGUACAGUAGUUGGUCCACAGUGGCCACAUUGUCAUUAGACAGGUUUUGCAAUAUGUUUGCAAAAUAAAAUAUCUUUAGAGCAA